AGUCACCACCACAAUUCACAGAGGUCUUCAAAGCCCAAGAGGCCGCAGUCCCCACUCACCACACACAAGGGGAGGCGAUGGCGAACGCGGCGGUGCCGGCCGCCGGCUACGGCGCCGACGGCGUGUACCGCUCGCUGCGCCCGCCCGCGCCCAUCGCGUCCGACCCGGGCCUCGCCCUCACCGACCUCCUCCUCCGCCGCGCCGACGCCUGCCCCUCCGCGCUCGCGCUCGCCGACGCAGCCCCCGGCGGCCGCGCCCUCACCUUCGCGGACCUCAGGUCGGCCGUCCUCACCACCGCCGCCGCGCUGUCCUCCCGCGCGGGCGUGCGCCCCGGCGACGCGGUGCUCAUCCUCGCGCCCAACAGCGUCCUCUACCCGGUCUGCUUCUUCGCCGUCACCGCCCUCGGCGCCGUCGGCACCACGGCCAACCCGGACUACACCCCGCGGGAGAUCGCCAAGCAGGUCUCCGACGCGCGCGCCAAGCUCGUCAUCACCGUCUCCGCCCUGGUGCCCAAGAUUGCCGGGCUCCGCCUCCCCGUCAUCCUCCUCGACGACGACGCGAAGGCCGCCGCUUCCUCCCUUCCUUCAGGCGCCACCGUCAUGCUCUAUAACAACCUCGUCGCCGGCGUGAAGGAGACGGAGUACCGGCGCCCACCAAUGAAGCAGAGCGACACGGCCGCUCUGCUGUACUCGUCGGGCACGACGGGGGAGAGCAAGGGCGUUAUCCUGACGCACCGCAACUUCCUCGCCGCGGCGAGGAUGGUGACCUCCGACCAAGACGAGCGCCGAGAGGACCCCAACGUCUUCCUCUGCUUCCUCCCCAUGUUCCACAUCUUCGGCCUCUCCGUCAUCACGUUCGCGCAGCUGCAGCGCGGGAACGCCAUCAUCGUGAUGUCGCGGUUCGACAUCAACUCCAUGAUGGCCGCCGUGCAGAGGCACCGCGUCACGCACCUGUUCUGCGUGCCGCCGGUGAUGAUUGCGCUCGCCAAGCACGGGAGGGCCGGGAAGUACGACCUCUCUUCUCUCAAGUUCAUCGGAUCCGGCGCAGCGCCGCUCGGCAAGGACGUGAUGGAGGUCGUGGCCAAGAAAUUCCCCGACAGUGAGAUUGUUCAGGGCUAUGGUAUGACGGAGACUUGUGGGAUCAUAUCGCUCGAGUACCCAGAAAAGGGACAAGCUCGUGAAUUUGGCUCAACUGGCACACUUGUCACAGGAGUUGAGGCAAAGAUUAUUGACAUAGAGACAUCACAGCAUCUACCACCAGAUCAACUAGGAGAAAUUUGUAUUCGAGGGCCAAAUGUAAUGCAAGGGUAUUUCAACAAUGUGCAAGCUACUGAAUUUACAAUCAAGCAAGGGUGGUUGCAUACUGGUGAUCUUGGAUACUUCGAUGGAGGCGGCCAGCUUUUUGUUGUUGAUAGGCUCAAAGAGUUGAUCAAGUACAAAGGUUUCCAGAUUGCACCUGCCGAGCUUGAAGGGUUACUUCUAUCUCAUUCAGAGAUUCUAGAUGCUGUCGUUAUCCCGUUUCCUGAUGCUGAAGCUGGGGAGGUUCCCAUUGCGUACGUUGUGCGGUCACCUGACAGUUCAUUGACUGAAGUUGAUGUCCAGAAAUUUAUUGAGAAACAGGUGGCGUACUACAAAAGAUUGAAGAGGGUUAUGUUUGUGGACACAGUGCCCAAAUCAGCUUCAGGAAAGAUUUUGAGAAGGCAGCUGAUCGCCCAAGUUAGAUCAUCCAAGUUGUAACAAAUCUGCUUCUACUUAUUUAAGAAGCAUGCUUGUCGUCCCCCUGAUUCUGCUUUUCUGCUAUAUUCAGAACUUGUCCAUUGCGGUUUUAAUUAUGCAGUAGCACUUGUGAAGAGCAUGUGAUUGUACCAGAAACUCCAUUCUGUGCAUUAUAAUAAUGGAUUAUAGAUAUCAAUUCCAAGGUUACACAGAGGAUACGCCAAAUAUCAUGCAUGUGACGGGCCAUUG